AUCGUCCACUAUCACAAGGAAACGAUGACGCCAUGUGCUCUGCAAGCUUCUAGACAAAAAGUUCUUGACCGAAAAAAAGGAGAGAAUUUUGCACGGUUGUCAGCUUUGCUUACCAUCAUCACCAUCAUCAUCUUUGCCUCUGCGUUACCUUCAAUGCAGAUUUCCAGAGAGUGUGAGAGGGAGAAAUAGAGAUUUGGGACAGUGGAGAUGCAAUGGUGAGGCAACUCUACUACUACAGACGAUCUACAGUAACACAAUCCUUGUUUAAUGGCUGAACCUCCUCGUUUAGAAACACCAGAGCCCUCCGUCCAAACUCCUCUCCUUGAUCUAGAGGUAUCCCACCAACCACAAGAAGAAGAAGAAAAAGAUACCCAACUUGAUCAAGCCCUCCAACGGUUAGAAACCUUCCUCUGUUUCUUCGGCUUCCACCAAUCUUCUCUACUGGGCUUUCUUCUCUCUUGGGCUACUUUCCUUCUUCUGGGUAUUUCAGUCCCUGUACUGAUACUCCAGGUCUCCGACUGUUCCGGCUGCGAGAAUUAUCAGAUCUUCAAUUUCGAGCUCCAUGCCAUCGUCGCUCAAUCUUGUCUUGCCGCAGUUUCUCUGGCUUGUACUUCUCACAACCUCCGCAAGUAUGGGAUUCGGGAAUUCCUCUUUGUUGAUCGUUAUCACGGCCAUAUGCUCCGAUUUUGCAAGGAUUAUAUUGACAAGAUCAAGGGUUUCUUCCGGUUGCUUCUUUUGUGGAUAUUGCCGUGCUUCAUUCUAAAGACUGUACGUGAAGUCGUCCGCACCACAUAUGUACAUCAUGACUCCUGGUGGCAAACUACGUCUAUUUUGUUAGCUUUGAUUCUUUCAUGGAUAUAUUUGACUACAAUAUCUUUUUCUGCUUGUGUUUUGUUCAAUUUGGUGUGCAAUUUGCAAGUCAUCCACUUUGAUGAUUAUGCAAAGCUUCUGGAAAGGGAUCCCAAUCUUUCACUAUUCAUCAAGGAGCACAUUCGGCUGAGGUUUUAUCUCUCUAAAAUAAGUCAUGGGUUCCGGAUUUAUCUUCUACUGGUAUUCUUGGUUGUGACGGCAAGUCAGUUUGCAUUCCUCUUCCAGACCACAGGAUAUAGAGGAACCAAUACUUUCAUCAAUGGUGGCGAUCUUGUGGUCUCAUCAAUUGUUCAGGUUGUUGGCAUAUAUUUCUGCUUGCAUGGAGCUGCAAAGAUUUCCCACAGAGCUCAAGGCAUUGCAUCAGUUGCAUGUCGGUGGCAUGCUUUAAUAACCUGUUGUUCUGCUGAUGCUCCUCAAUUGAGAGUCUCAAAUAGUGCGGGAAACUUGGUGGCUUCAAAUCCAGUAGGCUCAAUUCCUUUAAAUUUCUCGGAAAGUGAUUUAGAGUCUCUGGAUUCUGUUGAAUUUACCAUAAAUACACAAUUCGCGUCUUACAUGUCCACAUACCACAAAAGACAAGCUUUUGUAAUGUAUUUGCAAUCCAACCCUGGUGGAGUCACCAUCUUUGGGUGGACAGUGGAUCGGACGCUGAUCACCACGAUUUUCUUUAUUGAGCUAUCACUGGUUCUAUUUGUACUUGGAAAGACCAUGGUUUUGUAAGAUAUGAACAGACAUUCAACCAGCGAAAAUAUUCUAUAUGAGAAUUUCAGAACGCGAGGAUGCCAGCUUGCUUUGUGGCAUCGGACUUCAGGCAUCAUCGUUCCCAAUCCCAGGGAUCAAAUUCCGCCAGCAUUUUGGUCAACAGGUACCUCUGCCCACCUUCCGGGUCGCUUUUGUACCCUAUUUUAUAGUGUUGCUUCUUGUUGUAUAGGUCUAUAUGUUACAUAAAAUUACACAAAGGAAAUGAAAUGAGAAGUAGAAAAUUCCACUGUAUAACAAUUCCAAUGCAUACUUUUUCUUCCUUAGCAAGAAGAUUUUGGUUUUUUUUUCGAAGGGAAGUAGAUAGAUGACCUGCUGAUAAAUGGUGUUUGUGUUACUGUUGCAGCCAUUUUUAUGUAAAUUUGUAGAGGUGGCUGAUAGAUUAUAUGUUGGAGGGGAAUUAUCUCAAGAGAAAUCUGGGUCUUGAGUGGUGGCCUGGGUUUUCUGUUUCAAAUGUGAAGAUUGCAAACUGAAUGAGUCUGACAUCUUCACCUGUA